UCGAAUAUCGUCGAAAAGAUGCCGCCAGAGAUAGGGCAGAAGUGGAGUUCGGUGAUUGAUGUGUUACUCUUCCAAAAGCUGAGAGACGACGUGGACGAUACGCUCGUUCAGAAGCUCAUCACUUUUCUCGAUGCGACUGACGACCAAGAGUUCCUUGGAUGCCUGUUAAACAUCAGCAGCGAGAAGCUGGCCGCGACGCUGGAGAGUGCCAAGACGCCGUCGUCGCUAGCGUUUGGUCUGCACCUGACUGCUGCCCUGGGCAGGCGGGAAAAGCUCUUUGUGUCCCUGGGACAGAACGGCGUCCUUGCGGCCCUGGAGAAGCUGGAGAUCUCCGGACAAGAGGCCAGCGUCCGGUCGGCCCUCCUGCACGCACUCACCGCCUUUCUGCAGCACGGGUCUGGAGUGGCGUGGGCUGCCCGCCAAGGUGCCUUGGACAGGGUGUUGCCCAGCCUGCUGGAUCCAAGCGUGUUUGUGCAGAACAAGGCGGAAGCCUUCUGCGUUGCCUACCUCUCUGGGAACAUUGAAGCUCCAAAGGUUGGGCAGUUCCUGGACACGGCCCUGGGGGAAGCCCACCUCAAGCGGCGUAAGAGGUGCCUUCGGAUCCUCUUGGCGGUGAUGAAGCGGAGCAAGGAGGCCGUCUCUGCGCUGUGCCGCGACCACUCCCUGGACACCCGCCUGGCGUCCCUGGUGGGGCAGGCGAGCACGACCGAGGAGGAGCUGUGCCUGGCGGCCCAGUUGGCGGCGCUCCUCGGCCACGCAGGCAGGUGCGUUCGCGUGCUCGGGCCAUCUCGAUGCCCUUAG